AUGUUUGACAGUCAAGAGAGCCUGAGAGCAAAGCUGAAGGAGGUGUGGUUCAACCGUUACUGCAGGGAUGCCAAAGAUGCUGAUGAUCAUCCUUUGCAACCCAAAUGCAAUGAGGGCUCAAGUGGGUUUGAGCAUGUUUUCUUGGGAGAGCAAAAAUCCAACUCCAUCAGUGGUGUUCAUGGAUGGAUCUACCUGGCCCUACAAGAACAAGCAGGAAACAUCAACUACUUUGGCCACAUGACCACCAGAACUUUUGGGGACAAGGGCAGCGCCAUUGAAUUCGCCUUCACCUGGGACGGACUGAAGAAGCCCAUCUCCAGUGUGUUUGUGGGUGCCAGUCCCGAGUUGGAUCUGGCAUCCCUGAGUGUCUGCUUCCUCCUGCGACCCAACUCUCUCUGCUCCGUGUCCAUCUCCGGCGUGGGAGUCAAGAUUCAAACUUACACUGAGGCCUACAAUGGCCAGCAACUGGUGGGGACGGCGUAUUACGAUGUGUCUAGCUGAUGAGGAUCAUCCGUCAUCAGAGCAGGAGACUGCACGUAUAUACCGUAUACCAUGAUGAUUGCUAUAUAUGCUGCACUUGUGUACAUUAAGUCUAUCCCAACGUCGGGUGUUGGGUUGGGCAGCCCUAAACAAUACAACAACGAUAAUAAAAAAAAAGAAGCAAUGCGCUUAACCCCUUGUAUAUGAAACCCGCUGUCUCUCU